AAUAUCGGCUUUGAAAAACUUUACUGUUGGUUCUACCGGUUCUUCUUGAUUUCAUAGACCCUAACAACAGCAAGUGGCAAGCUAAUGGCUCAUGAAGGAAAGAACAUGGUGGAAUCCAUUAGGGGGGUUGUACCUUCCAAAUCAACUUCAGCAUCAUCUUCCUCUUCUUCGGCGCCGAGGCCUCUCAAUUGUUGCGCGAAUCUUGCGGGGAAUUGCUGUUCCACGAAGUUCAUGAUGCAGAAGUACAGCAACUUCGAGCGCAGUGCUGCGCCGGUUCGCUUCAUGUACUUCAAUCACGACGGCUCCUGGAUGGAUUUCUCGCUAGAAGUGUUUGGCUCUCUGAAAUCUGUUUUCUUGGAAGGCAAGCCCAUGGUUGACUUGCAUGUUGAUGGCUCCAAGUAUGUCUUUGAUUUCUUGCGCAUGUUGCAGACUGAAUUCGAGAACGGGCGUCAACGAUCAAUUGCGUGGAUUGAUGAGAAAGGCAAGUGCUUUUUCCCUAAAGUGUUCGUUGGUGAGGAUUUUGAUUGUAAAUUGAAGGAAUCCCAGAACAAGAACAUUGAAAUAAAUAUCCGGAUUGAUAACAAUCCGAUUAAGCGAAAGAGGGAGGGAUUGGAUGAGGAAGAGCCUGAGGUGAAUUCGUCAAUAAAGCUGGAGCAAGAGAAUGGUUCGAAACGGCAGCGUUUGAAUUUGCCCCAGGGAGAAACAUCUAGAUGGCCAAAUUCCAGAUUAUUAAGAUAUAGCGAAAAACCGUAUUCACUGGUUAGGGAUUCCUUUUUAUCUGGGAUAAGGAAAGUUGAUCCCAGUGCUAGAAUUACCGCCAUUCAUCAGUGGACGCGCGAGGGUCAUUUGGAGAAGGCGCGUUAUGAGGUGUUCCAAAAUCAAAUGGCGAUCACAAAGGCUGCGCGUGGUGUGUCUAAUAUGAUAUACGCUUGGCACGGCGCAUCAGCGAAAGCUGUGGAGAGUAUUUUAGCUCAUGGUUUUGGGGUACCUAGCAAGGUUUCUGGGCCUGAUUGUUAUGGGAUUGGUGCGUAUCUCUCUCCCGUGGGAUUGCCACAUAUAAGUGCCAGGUUAUCGGAGUUGGAUGAUAACGGCGAAAAACAUAUUAUAUUGUGUAGACUUAUAUUGGGUAAUGUUGAGAAAGUGGAAGCAGGGUCCCAACAGUCCUAUCCUUCUAAUGUCAAUUUUGACACCGGUGUUGAUAAUCUUCAUCAUACUAAGUGGUAUAUUGUCUGGUCAAGCAAUAUGAAUAGUCAUAUUAUCCCGGAGUUCGUUGUGAGCUACAAAUCUUCAAAUCACGUGCCAGGCCAAAUGAAAGGUUCGACUUGCAUGAAAUAUUCGCUUGAGAAAUUGAUUUUGAAGAUGAGGAGUUUACUCCCUCCCCCCAAAAUUCGGGAAGUGGUGACAUUAUAUGAUACAUACAGGGAGGGUAGGUUGGGCAGGGAUAUGUUCAUAAAGCAGUUACGAUUGAUUGCUGGCGAUCAGGUGCUAUCGUCCAGUAUUAGGGAGAUUUGUGACCAAGAAUGAGGUUUUUUUCGGGGUUUUUUUUGUUUUUCAUGUGUAACAGCAAAACUAUUCUAUCGUAUUCCCCAAACCAAACUGGAAAAGAAAAAAAAUAAAAGAAAAGAAAAGAAAAGAAAUCCCCAAAAGGGAGAAUGUAGUAGACUAGACACAGAAAAAGCCUUUUCAUUUUUUACUCAGUAUAAUGUAGCAGCCUUGGUUUUAAUCAAUGGGAAAAAUAUUCACAAGUCUUUGGUCAUUA